AUGCCUCUCUACGACGUUGAGUAUGUGACUCCUCUGACUCUUGAACAACAAGAGCAGCUCGCCAUUGCAUUUACGACUGAGCACUCACAGCGGUUCAACACUCCACGCUUCUUUAUAAAUGUUCGCUACACAGAUGUGAGCAACCAGGUCGUUUUUCGCGGGGGCGUUCGACAAAGCUAUAACCGCGUCAUAAUCCGUACACGAGCCGGCAGUAAUCGCACGAAUGAAGUGUACUUGGACCACUGCAAACAAAUCGUAACCCACUGGGAGAGGAUUGUAGGGCGUCAAGGCGAAGAGGGACUGCGCACAGUUUGGGUGAUGGGCGCCUUGACGACGGCGCUAGAAGCCGGGAUUGGCCGCCCGAAAACGGGAGAGGAAGACCAAUGGAUCCAAGAUAACAUGCAACAUUUCCAGGCACUGGCAGCAGCAGGCGAUAAGGACUUUGUCGAGCUCUUACAAGAACUAGAGGAAAAGAAGCAGGGAGCAAUAUAG